CCUCGAUAUGAAAUCGAAAUCGGCUGCUGCAGUGACACGUUGACCAGGUAAAUACAGACAGAGUUCUCUCAAGUCUAUUCAGAAUGAAGUGGCUAUUACUAUCAGCAGGGUUAUUACUAGUGGGGACUGUAUAUGGUCAUGGUGAACAUCAUCAGCAGCCUCAGGGAGGUGGCCAGAAUGUCAGAAUGCAUGAUGCACAUCACGUAAAUGAUGCUGAGCAUCUGAAAGAACACUUGGAUGGCAAAGCUAAUGUAGACUUCAGCAAAAUGAGCGAGCAGGAAAUUCAGUUUUAUUAUUUCAAAAUGCACGAUUAUGAUCACAACAACAAAUUGGAUGGUCUAGAGUUGAGCAAAGCUAUGACUCAUUUUCAUCAUGAAAAUGAUCCAAAUAAUGUGCAGAAGGCUUUAGCAGAUGAGGAGAUCAGCAAUAUGGUGGAGACAAUUCUCAGGGAGGACGAUUCCAGCAAUGACGGCUACAUUGAUUACACUGAGUUUGUCACAGCGCAGAAGAGAAACCAGGAAAAUGCAAGGAUACACCAACAACAACAAAUGGACCAACAUCAACAACAGCAGCAACAGCAUAUGCAACAACAGCAGCAGCCACCUCAUCCUUGAACAGUAGAUUACAGCUGAAUUUGACUUAAAUAUGUGACAUAGAUUUCAGUACAUAUUUAUAAAUUUAAUUGGAAUUUUGGUGGAAAUGAUACAUCGACAGUUGACUUUUUGUGCUGUAUGGUAUGAACCAUUUUUGAUAAUGAAGAAUAUAUGAAAAUUUCUACCAGUCAAACAAUCCACCUAAAUUUCAAGGUGCUUUACCGAAAGGUGCUAAGAUUUUACACUAUGCAAAUAAUGAAUCUCUUUACUUUUAUCAAAUUAUUUCUCGACAUUUUCCAGUAUAAAACUAGAAACAUAUAUAUAUAUAGUUGUAGUUAUUUUACGUAAACAUGAGUGAUGUCUGCAAGAGCUAUUUCCAGUUGACUGUUUUGCAUAUAGUUAUUUAUGCGCGUUUUCUUUAGAUGCUAAGGUGUUUGUGAUGUUUGUAGAAUGUAGAUUCUCCAUAGUUUGUUUGUCUUCUCAUUCUGUGCCUUGCUUCCAAUUGACAACUGAAAAUAAAGUAUUAGAUAGUAGU